AUGUUUCAUGGUAAAACGUAUGACUCCAAAUCUUUCAUCCGAAAGUGAAGUGGUUUCAGAUUGAAUUGGCCGGUUUUUGGAAAACUCAGCAGAAAUAAAUCGACUAAAAUAUAGAGAAAAAGAACUAAUUAUACAUAUUUAUAUUUGAAGACGGGAGAACUGACUAUAGAAAUUAUCCCGAAGGCAAUAUUUUUACACAGACGAGAAGCUCCAAAUACUAAUGUGACCAGGAGUGAGUUAAAUGGAUAAUUAAAAUUAAUCCAAAAAAACGUACAUACUAAAGUUCAAAAUAUUUUGCAAGUGGAAGGCGCCGUAAUCAAGAAAAUGAGUGACGAACCCGUACGCAUCAUCGACAUCAUCGAUGACAAAGGUCGACCACGCUUUAAAUUGGAAGACGAACUUGACGACAUUCUGAGCCAAGCUGGUGAGCAUCCAAUCUGUUUAAUCGCCAUAUCCGGCGCCUCUCGUAUUGGAAAAUCAUGCUUUUUAAGCUACCUUAUUCGCUACCUGGAUCACUUGGAGAAAGCUAAAAAAUCCCCAAAUACGGACUGGCUUCCUCCCAAUAGCAAGGAAAAUGUUACAGCUUUCCCAUACAAAAACACUUUGGCUCCUCAAACAUCAGGGUUCUGGAUUUGGCCGAAACCAUUCAUAAUUCCAGGAAAAAGUGGAAAUGUUGCCGUCUUCAUCAUGGACACUCAGGGCGUCUUUGAUAGCAAAUCCAUGACCGAAUGGUCUGCAAUCGUUGGAAUUUCUCUCCUCACCUCGAGCGUUUUAAUAUUCAAUUUCCAAUUUAACCCACAAGAAGAUGCUUUGGCUGCAUUAGAAAUCUUCCUUGAUUACGGUAUCAUGGCCAUGGAAAAAAAUUCGUCCCACUCUGAACAAUCUUAUGAAGAGGACGAUCAAUACUUCCCUUUUCAAAAUUUGCUAUGCUUAAUCCGAGAUUGGAAUCCGGUUGGAUCAUACGGCUAUGGAUUUAUAGGGGGCAAACAAUGCAUCCAAAAAUGGCUAGCAACAGAUGAUCCAAACUUGACCAAGGAGAAUAUUUCUAGGAGGCAAAAAAUUAACCGUUGCUUUGAAAAAAUCCAGGGCUGCCUCCUCCCAAAUCCUGGCGAUAAGGCAAAGGCGAUGCACUUCCAGGGUGCUACGGCCGAUUUGGAUGACAUAUUUUAUCGCCAAUUAAAGGCAUGCAUUGAACGAGUCUGCAGACCGGAAGACAUUGUCGUGAAAAAGAUUGCAGGACGAAACGCUACGUAUCGUGAUUUAUUUUCACUUUUUAAAACCUAUGUGAAAGUCCUGAACAGUCGAAGCACUCCAGGCGCGAUGGGAUUUCUUGAGGCGACGUAUGAAGCAAGUUGCGAUUCAGCUCGAACAUUGGCUUUCAACAACUUUAAAGUUGAGUCUGAUGGGUGGCUAACUUCUGGGGAAUAUAUUCCCGUCCAGGCUUUGACUGAGAAAUUAAACCACCUCGAAAAGAAAACCAUAGGCUUGUACGUCCUAAAAAGCAAACUUGGCACUGAAGACGUUAAAGCUAAAUACAAAUCUAAACUACUUGAAGAUAUUCGACUUCAUGGAGCCAAACUCAUGCAAAAAACGCCGGAUAUGGACCAGAUUCUACAAUCCUUAGUAAAAGAGGGCGAAGAGAAAUUCCAUGCGGAUUUUAACCAAUUUUGCCUUCGUCAUAAGUACGAUGAGGACACGCCGAUACCAUUUCAAGAAAUUGAUUCGGCUCUUAAAACAGUUUCUGAAGCAGUUUUUGACAGCUUCGAGUCAAACCCUGCUCUGAGGAAUGAAGAUUUAGAGAAUAAAUUUGCACAGGCGUUGAAUGAUAAACUGCUCGUUCUUCGGACACAUUACAAAAAUUCUAAUAAACAAAAACAUGAUAAAAUGAACGACACCUUGGCAAAAUUAGUCAACGAACCCAUGAACGAAUACAAUCAAGAAUUUGACGAGGGCAGAGCAUACUUGCCGUUUCUGAGCCACAAUAAAAUGGAUUCUUUGAAUUUGAAAUGCAAACGCAGAGCUGAAAAUAAAUUAAAGAAUUAUUCAGAAUCUGAACUACCACAGCGGCUAAAGUCACAAGCGGAAGCUAUGCUUAUGAAAGCACUGGAUGCAUCAUUUGCUGAAAAGGUGGAAGAAAAUUUUAAAGCCACUCAAAAAGCUAAAGACGACAUGAACAAUGUGAUAAUUUCACUCGUACUCAAAUUUAAGAAUCACAUGAAAAAUAAAAUCGACGCCUGGGGCAAAAUUCCAACCGAUAUGCAACUGUAUUCAGAAUAUAGUAAAUUUAAAGAUACAGCGCAUAACGAUCUUAUGGCAAACCUGCCAAUUAAUGAUCCCCAAUUUUAUCAACCAUUAAAGUUACAGCUCGAAGAAAUUCUUAAAAAAUCAUACGAUGAAAUUAUUGUAAAAAUUGCACAAGAUAAAAAAGUAACCGAAAAUCAUGUCCAGGGUUGGCUUGAAAAACAAGAAGCUAUUUAUAAGCAGCAAGUCCAACAAGACUGCAACUCGUCUUUGGAGUCAGUAGAAUACCAAAAUAUGUGCAAAUCGACCAAACAGAAAAUACUUUCGGACACCAAACAAGAACUCGGAAAAAUUGGAGUGCAAGAAAAAAACAAAACACCAACACUGACAAGGUUGAAGGAUAUGUUGAACAAUGUCUCCAAAUCACUAUUAGAAGAACGUGAAUCAAAAAUUGAGACUCUAAUGUCAGAUGCAAAACAAGAUAUUGAACAUUUUAUCAGCAAGUACUCAAAGUUGAUGACGCCACAGAUAAACAACUCGGUUGCUAAUUCCCACGUGAGUCAUCAUAAAUCAACGAAAAGCAGCGUGCAAGAUGAGUUUAAACUGAAAUGGUCACAACUACCCAAAAGUAAACUGGGAAUUCUCACUUUAGAACUUGAUCACAAAAUUGAGGAAAUAUACGAAAGUUUUCUUACCAAGGUUGAACUUGAGAGGACAGAAGAAGACAAAAAACUAUCGGAUGCCCUGGCUGAAGCUCUUCAGCAGUACAGCUCUAAAAUGAUCAAACAAUGGACGCUCACUUACGUUGAUGAAUCCGACAUUAAAAAGAACAGCGACAGCAUUAAGAUGAUCAUAAUUAAUAAUUUCACUUCCAAGUAUGGAAAUAUGAGAAACUUUGAGACUUACAAAUUGGAUUUGGGAAACGAAAUCGACACAUUAUAUCAUGGCGAGAUGCUCAAAUUUAAAAAUUCAAAAAAAUCUGCAAGAGAAAAACUUAUACAAGAAGUUAUUGAAUCAUGCGCUGAGUCAUACACUGAAAAGAUGAAGAAAUUUCAAAAUGAUUCCAACAAUGAUUUAGCGUUGCUGGAAGGUCAACAUAAAAAACUGAAAUCGCAAUUGCUUAGAAAUCUUACUGCAGAAGCGAACAUACGAACGAUAACUUUAGCACGUUCAGAGAUAAAUAAUGCAGAAAAUGAACUAGAAGAAAAAAUCGACCUACGAUAUCCCCAAUUUAUCGAGAACGCCAAAGCGGCACUGGCAUGCCUGGAAGAUGAGUUGAAAGCUUAUGUACUGUCCGUCACAAUUGAUUACGAAAACAAAGUUGGGCGAACUGCCGAUGGCCUACUAGCUGUCAAUGACGAUAUAUUAAAUGAUGAACAUCGCCAAUUUAUGGAAGAAUGUUUAGAACAUGUCACCAAAAAAUUUGCCAAUAUCGGUCAAAAAAAGUUGGCUAACGAGACUAGUAAACUUUCCACCCAGUUAAACUGUCAACUUGGAAAUAUUAAAGCCAGAUAUGAGCUAAAAUUUGAAGAAAUGAAAAAAAUCCUGAAAGGGCUCAACAACGACUUGAAAGAAGACUUAAGCAAAGUGGAUGAUCCAAUUUGGGAUGAAUUGAACAAGGCCCACGUGAAAAGGCGAGACGAAGGAUAUCGAACCUUAGAAAAACUCUGCAACUUUCCAACUCAAGAUUUACUUCAGGAUUUCGAAAACCAGUACAAGGCUGAAGCAAAGACUUUAUUUGACACUAACCGAAGAGGUUUCUCCAACGAACCAGACCCUGCAUUACUUCCACCAGUUUGGAGAGAGCUAUGCACUCUGUACGAUGCUGAAAUGGAUAAAUAUGUUGGGAAUAGUGGCACUUAUAUCGACCCAAAUCAGCUACAAAUUAAUCAUAACCAGGCCGCAGUAUAUGUCACCAAAUUCAUCAAGGACAAGAAAAUGGUCCCGAUGACGGCAAUGGUCAAAGAAAGGAUAAAAGUUAAGCUCAAAGCUCUUGGAGACUUGCGUAAGAAAAACAAUUUCAUGAAGGCACCAACACAACAAGCCGCCAUUGGGAUUGACUUGGGCACCACUUUUUCAUGCGUUGCGAUUUGCGAGCCAGACGGGCAAGUUAGAGUCUUGAACAAUUCUCAGAAUAAACCAACUACGCCCAGUUACAUCAGAGUUGGGGUCGAAGACGUUGUGGGGGAAGCUGCAAAAAAUGAGGCGUCCAUUUACCCGAGUUCUACCAUUUUUGAUACAAAACGCCUCAUUGGAAGAUCAUAUAACGACCCCCAUGUGCAAGAGGACAUGAAAAGCUGGCCUUUCACAGUCGCUAGCGACACCUCAGGGAAAGCAGUCGUAGAAGUUGAUGGAACUUCCUAUGCACCGGAAACAAUUUCUGCCAAAUUACUUUCCAAGCUGAAGGAAGAUGCUGAAGCGAAAUCUGGCAAGACCAUCACAAGUGCUGUUAUCACCGUCCCUGCGUAUUUUAAAGACGCACAAAAACAAGCUACAAAGGAUGCUGGCGUUGCAGCUAAAUUAAACGUCAUAGAACUUUUAACCGAACCUACCGCAGCUGCUGUAGCGUACAGUCUGGAAUUCGCUGUAGCAGAGGAAAAGAAAAUACUUAUCUUUGACUUUGGAGGUGGUACUCAUGAUGUAUCCAUUCUUUCGAUCAAGGAAUCUGACGUUAAUGUGCUUGUAACUGACGGGGAUAAUCACUUAGGAGGAGAAGAUAUUGAUACCAAAAUGAUGGACCAUUGUAUUACUAAAUUCAGUGCAACAAACCCAAACGUGAACAUUUUAGAUGGAAGGGAUUCCACGGAUCCAGUACUUAAAGAACAAUACAAUCGCCGAUUACGAAGACUCCGUAAUGCUUGUGAAACAACAAAAAUUGUCCUUUCUGCAUCUCCAACUGGAAGGGUGACUCUGGACGGUAUAAUCGCUCAGGGGACAACGCGUUUGGAUUUAAAUGUAGAAAUUACAGUAGACGAAUUCAACACUAUGAAUGAUACCUUGUUCAAGAGAUGUAUCAACAUUGUCGAGAAAGCUUUGACGGACGGAAAGUUGAAAAAAUCCGAAAUUGACGAAGUUGUUCUCGUUGGUGGCAGUACUCAGAUACCAAAAAUUCAGAAAAUGCUGCAAGAUUUCUUUGAUGGAAAGGCGUUGAACAAGAGGCUCAAUCCUGACGAAGCGGUUGCAAAGGGGGCGGCCAUCAGAGCGGCUGUCAGUCACGGCUACGAAUCAGUCCGGAGCACGAUACAUGACAUCACUCCAAUGUCGAUUGGGAUUAAAGUUGCUGGUGGUGGCUUCUCCAACAUAUUUCCGAAGAAUUCGAAAUAUCCAGACGAAAAAACUAAAGCGUAUCACACUUCAGAUAGGGAGCAGGCAGAAGUGGAAGUCAGCAUUUAUGAGGGUGAAGAUACGCAAGCAGUUAAUAAUAGUUUACUGGGGAAAUUUAUUCUGGCCGGGAUCCCAACGACAGAUGAACUUCAAAGGGUUGAUGUCACAAUGGCGCUUGAUACAAAUGGGAUUUUGACUGUGACUGCUAGAUGUGAGGGGAAUGGAGUUACUAAAGCUUUGACCAUUCGAGAUGAAAGGAAGAUAGGAGGAGAUGAAAACAUGGAAUGCCUUCCUCCACCUUCAUAAGGUUGACUAUUUGUCCAUCCGAGGCAUAUAUGCGUCGAUUAUCAGAUCCAGUCGCCAAAGUCUUAAGAAUCAAACGCAAUUUGGAUUUUGCUAAUUAUUACUUUGUUCGUUCUUAAGUAAAUAAUUACUUUGUGCUAUGAAAAUUUACUUUCAAAUAUAGUGUGAUUUUAUUGUC